GCACAGGAGAAAUUUGAGAUCUGGUGUUGUGAGGGGUUCACUGUGUUUCGGUUCAUACAGUUGUGGGCAGGAUUUCAGCUGUCCUUUUUUUUUUUUUGAAUAGUAAGAGAAUGGCUCCAAUAUUGGAUUUUUUUAGCUGGUCGGGGAAGGACUCGCAAAAGGGAACACCAGUGAUUGUGAAAAUGGAGAAUCCCAACUAUUCCAUUGUGGAAAUUGACAGCCCUGAUACUGCAUUCAGGCCAGUUGAGAAGAGCCGUGGGAAAAAUGCCAAGCAAGUCACUUGGGUAUUGCUUCUUAAGGCCAACCGUGCCGUUAGUGGUGUUGCUUGGCUUGCAACUAUUCUUUGGGCACUGCUGGGAACUAUUCAGAGGAGGUUGAUUUUCAGGCAGGGAGUAGGUCUUGCGAGUGAGAAGCUGGGCAAAGGAAAAUUGUUGUUGAAUAUAAUUAAAGCAUUUUUAGCUACUUCCUUGGUGUUUCUGACCUUUGAGGUAGUUGCUUACUUGAAAGGUUGGCAUUACUUUGAGAACCCAAAUUUGUACAUUCCCAAUUCUUCUGAUUUCCAAGGUUUUUUUCACAUGAUUUAUGUUUCUUGGCUGGCGUUUCGGGUUGAUUAUAUAGCACCUUCUAUUCAAGGCCUUUCUACAUUCUGUGUUGUUCUGUUUCUAAUUCAGUCAUUAGAUCGACUAGUUCUUUGCCUGGGUUGCCUGUAUAUUAAGUGGAAGAAGAUUAAGCCAAGGAUUGAUGGGGAUCCAUUCAAAUCAGAUGAUCUUGAGGGAUCAAAUAAAAAUUUUCCCAUGGUCCUUGUUCAAGUGCCAAUGUGUAAUGAGAGGGAGGUAUAUGAGUUGUCUAUUUCAGCAGUCUGUCAACUCGAUUGGCCAAAAGAUCAAUUGCUCAUCCAAAUUCUCGAUGAUUCUGAUGAUGAAGAUAUUCAGCAGCUCAUCAAAUCAGAAGUCAGCAAAUGGAGUCAGCGGGGUAUCAACAUAAUUUACCGGCAUCGACUGGUCAGAACUGGAUAUAAAGCUGGAAAUCUCAAGUCUGCAAUGAGCUGUGACUAUGUUAAGGAUUAUGAGUUUGUUGCAAUAUUUGAUGCUGAUUUCCAACCGACCCCAGAUUUCCUAAAGCAUACAGUUCCAUAUUUUAAGGACAAUCCUGAUUUAGGAUUGGUUCAGGCUAGAUGGGCUUUUGUGAACAAGGAUGAAAACUUGUUGACUCGCCUACAGAACAUUAAUCUGUGUUUCCAUUUUGAGGUGGAACAGCAGGUUAAUGGGGUUUUCUUGAAUUUCUUUGGUUUCAAUGGGACAGCUGGUGUUUGGAGGAUUAAGGCCUUGGAAGAAUCUGGUGGGUGGCUUGAAAGAACGACUGUUGAAGAUAUGGACAUUGCUGUUCGUGCUCAUCUCCAUGGUUGGAAAUUUAUAUUUUUAAAUGACGUUAAGGUCCUAUGUGAAGUUCCUGAGUCAUUUGAAGCUUACAGGAAGCAGCAACAUAGGUGGCAUUCUGGUCCCAUGCAACUUUUUCGACUGUGCCUUCCCACCAUCAUAACUUCUAAGAUUCCAACAUGGAAGAAGGCAAAUUUGAUACUUCUGUUCUUUCUGUUAAGGAAACUUAUUCUUCCCUUCUAUUCUUUCACAUUGUUUUGCAUCAUUCUUCCUUUAACCAUGUUUAUCCCAGAGGCUGAACUCCCUAUGUGGGUUGUUUGCUACGUGCCUGUUCUUAUGACAUUGCUCAACAUUCUUCCUGCACCUCAGUCAAUCCCUUUUGUUGCUCCCUACCUCCUCUUUGAGAACACAAUGUCAGUAACUAAAUUUAAUGCAAUGGUGUCUGGACUAUUCCAAUUCAGUAGCUCAUAUGAGUGGGUCGUCACGAAAAAGGCUGGCAGGUCUUCAGAAUCUGACUUGUUGGCUGCUGCUGAGAGUGAUAUGAAAGCACUAUACAACUCACAGAUGAUGAGGGGAUCUUCUGACAGUGAACUUUCAGAGAUGAACCAGUUGAAGGAACAGGAAAAGCCAAUUCCUGCACCGAUUAAGAAAAUGAAUAAAAUAUAUCGGAAGGAGCUAGCUCUUGCUUUCCUACUGUUAACAGCUUCAGUGAGAAGCCUUUUAUCAGCUCAUGGAGUUCAUUUCUACUUUCUGCUUUUCCAAGGAGUCACAUUUCUUCUUGUUGGUCUCGACCUGAUUGGGGAGCAAAUGAGCUGAUAUUGUAGCAUUCCAUAAUAUGGGAAAAAUGAAAAAGAAGCACACAUGCUGAUUUCAACAUGCAGCUAGCAUGCUUUCUUUCUCAGAUUUACACAUGUUCCACGCAUUCAAGUAAGAUUUCAGUCUUUUCUCAUUGCUGCAAUGGCUGAAGAGGAAUUAACAAGGAUUGGUCUUGCUUAUAUCUGCCCUUAUGGUUAUGGUCAGAGAACUCCAGUUGGCCAUUUCUGUUCUAUGCCAAUCUGUAAUUCUUUUACAUUCUUCUUCUUAUUUUUCCAACCUUUUUUUUGUCAAUUAGGAUGCUGAAUGAUCUCGUAGCUUUCCAUAGAUAGUCUCAAUAUAGGUAGGAGCCGAGUCUCUGUAUUUUACUCGUGCCAUUUAUUGUUGGCAGCAAAUAUUAUAGCUUCCACUGUGUGUAGAAUUGUUUUUGUGAAUGUAUCAACAAUGCAUAAGAAUAUCUGAUUGGUUGAAACAAGUUACCUA